AUUUAUUUAAAACAAUUUCAACAACAAACAUUGUAUCAUAUUUUUAUAGUUACUUCAACAAUUAAAUAGUUUUGUGUUAUGGAGGAACUAAAAUACUUAUCAGGCUUUGGGUCAGAACUACAGUCCGAACAUCCAGAUUAUCCAAACGCAUUACCUAAAAAUCAAAACAGUCCACAGCAAUGCCCUUAUGGUUUAUAUGCAGAACAAUUAUCUGGAACAGCAUUUACUGCGCCUCGAAAUGAAAAUCAGCGGUCAUGGUUAUAUCGAAUCCGACCAUCAGUAAUGCAUCAACCCUAUAAACCAGUCAAUCAUCGUAAUUUAACAAAUAAUUGGAACGAACAAUAUCCAGAUCCAAAUCAAAUGCGUUGGAAACCAUUUGAUUUACCAGAUGAUAAUACCCAAAUAGAUUUUGUUAGUGGUUUAAGUACAGUUUGUGGAGCAGGUGAUCCAAAAACUAGACAUGGCGUAGCUAUUCAUAUUUAUAGUUGCAAUAUUUCAAUGUCAAAUUCAUGUUUUUAUAAUUCCGAUGGUGAUUUUUUAAUUGUUCCACAAAAAGGUGAUUUACACAUUACCACAGAAUUUGGAAAAAUGGACGUCAAACAAAAUGAAAUAUGUGUUAUACAACAAGGAAUCAAAUUUUCUGUCGAUAUUACAGAGCCAUCACGUGGUUACAUACUCGAAGUAUUUGAUAAUCACUUUCGAUUACCUGAUUUAGGACCAAUUGGAGCAAAUGGUUUAGCAAAUCCGCGUGAUUUUUUAAUGCCCACAGCCUGGUUUGAAGAUAAUGAAACACAAUUUGAAAUCUAUUCUAAAUUUCAAGGCCAUUUAUUUGUGGCCACACAAAAUCAUAGCCCAUUUGACGUUGUGGCAUGGCAUGGAAAUUAUGUUCCAUAUAAAUAUUGUUUGGAACAUUUUAAUGUUAUCAAUUCUGUAUCAUAUGAUCAUUGUGACCCGUCAAUAUUCACGGUACUUACGUGCCCAUCAACAAAACCAGGAACUGCCAUUGCUGAUUUUGUAAUAUUUCCACCAAGAUGGUCAGUUCAAGAACACACAUUUAGACCACCAUACUAUCACAGAAAUUGUAUGUCUGAGUUUAUGGGCUUAAUAAAAGGUCAAUAUGAGGCAAAAACUGAUAGUUUUACAGCUGGUGGCGCUAGUUUACAUUCAAUGAUGACUCCUCAUGGACCAGAUACCACGUGUUUUAAAGGUGCAUCAACAGUCAAUUUGAAACCAGAAAAAAUUGCUGUUGGAACAAUGGCGUUUAUGUUUGAGAGUUCAUUGAGUAUGGCCGUUACAAAAUGGGGUGCUGAAAUAUGUCAAAAAUUAGAUGCAGAAUAUUAUAAAUGUUGGCAGACAUUAGAGAAAAAUUUUAACAGAAGCUUAAAUAUUUAA